AUGUCUACCCCACAGCAGCGGUUGUCCUCCAUCGCGAGCCAGGUUGCUGGUUCCGGUGUGUCUGCGAAGAGCAAGCUCCUGGCUAAGAACCCUGAUGAUAUUGUAAUCACACUCGCUGUUCGCACUCCUCUCACAAAAGCCAGAAAGGGUGGCCUGAAGGAUACCACGAUCGAUAACCUCCUCGUUUCGUUGCUCACAUCCAUCCGGGAGAAGUCCAACCUCGACCCUAGCCUCGUUGAAGAUGUCUGCGUCGGUAACGUGCUCGCGCCCGGCUCGGCCUAUGUUGCUCGUUCCGCUGUCCUCGCAGCUGGCUUCCCGGUGACCGCUGCUGCCUCCAUUGCGAACCGUUUCUGCUCAUCUGGAUUGCUGGCAAUCCAGAAUAUCGCCAACCAGAUCAUGGCUGGCUCCAUCGAUGUUGGUAUCGCCGUCGGAGCAGAGAGUAUGAGCACCAACGCCGACGGUGGCGCCCCCGACAUGUCCGCUCAGAUCCUAUCGCACCCCAUUGCCUCCCAGAACACCCAGCCCAUGGGCCAGACCUCCGAAAACGUUGCGGCUCAGUUCAACAUCUCCCGCGAGCAGCACGAUCAGUUCGCCGCCAAGAGUUACCAGAAGGCUGAGCGCGCUCAGAAGGCCGGCUGGACUGUGGAUGAGAUCGUUCCCGUCCGGACCCAGGUCAAGGACCCCAAGACCGGUGAGGUGAAGGACGUCGUGGUCGACCGCGAUGACGGUGUUCGCUACGGCACCACUGCCGAGUCCCUCGGCAAGAUUCGCUCUGCCUUCCCUCAGUGGAAGCCCAGUGCCACAACCGGUGGCAAUGCCAGCCAGAUCACCGAUGGUGCCGCUGGUGUUAUCCUGAUGAAGCGGUCUCGUGCCCAAGAGCUCGGGCAGCCCAUCAUCGGCAAGUUCUGCGGAGCCACCGUCGCGGGUCUGGAGCCCAGAAUCAUGGGUAUCGGCCCUUCCAUUGCUAUCCCCAAAAUCCUCUCCAAGUUCGGCUUGACCAAGGAUGAUGUCGAUGUUUUCGAGAUUAACGAAGCUUUCGCAUCCAUGGGUGUCUACUGUGUCUCCAAGCUUGGUCUAGAUGAGAGCAAGGUCAACCCCCGUGGCGGAGCCAUUGCACUUGGCCACCCCUUGGGAGCAACAGGCGCUCGACAGGUUGUCACUGCUCUGUCUGAGCUGCGACGCCAGAACAAGAGAAUCGCCGUCACCUCGAUGUGUGUCGGAACCGGUAUGGGUAUGGCCGGUAUCUUUGUUUCAGAGCACUAG